AUGGGUGGCGGCGAUCUCAACUUGAAAAAGUCCUUCCAUCCCGCGCUUCGGCGCAACCAGCAGGCCGUCUGGGAUGAAGAGCAGAAGGCCCUCGCUGAACGCAAGCGAACGCAACAGCGCAUCAACGAAAUCAAGGAGGAGCGCGCAAAGGAAGAAGUCGAGAGACAACUCGAGGCUGCAGGGGGGAGGAAGCGCGUUGAUCGCGUGGACUGGAUGUACCAAGGUCCUAACGAUGGACAGACCGGCACAACAGAAGAGACCGAAGCGUACCUGCUAGGGAAGCGACGCAUCGACAACCUCAUCAAGGGCACAGAACACAAGAAGCUAGAAAAGGAUGCUGGGACUGAAAGUUUUAUGGCGCUGCAGAACGCAAAUACUGCGCGAGAUACAGCUGCGAAGAUUCGCGAGGAUCCUUUACUGGCCAUUAAGCGGCAAGAACAAGCUGCCUACGAAGCUAUGAUGAACGACCCAGUUAAGCGUCGCCAACUACUUUCCUCGAUGGGCGUCAACGAUGAGAAGAAAGAAAAAUCACGGAAGAGGGAAGAUCGACACGAUAGACAUCGAAGGAGACACCGCCACCGCAGCGCAGACCCGGACGACAGACAUCACAGACGGAGACGUUCUUACUCAAGGUCGCAAAGUCCACGACGCCACGAUGAUUCAACAGAGGACCGACACAGGCGACGCAGAGACGACAGCCGAGAGAGACAUUCACGACGAAGACGCGAUGACUCGGGAGAUGAAGAGUCCAGACGCGAACGUCGUCACCGCGAUGAGCGACCGCGCGACAACAGGAGAGACUCGCGACGAAGCUACCCAAGCGACUCUCGCGACAGGCGGCCACGAUACAACGAAGAAGAUGAUAAAGCAAAGGAGGAGGAACGCCAGCGCAAGCUUGCAGCCAUGCAGUCCGCAGCAACAGAGCUUGACGUUGAUCGCCAGCAGCGCCUCGUAGCCCUGGAAGAACGGGAGAGAGCGCUGCGAGAGGCCGACGACAAGGCAAGAGAACGUGGAGGCGAUCGUGGAUUUGUAAAUAAAUUGCAUCAACAGGCUGGACAUAAGGGCUUGGCCGAGCGCAUGGGUGGGGCGCGUCGGGGAUUCCAGAAGGACGAUGAUUGA